UUUUUCCUAGUAAGUCUUCGCAUUCAGGCCUUGUCGACACUCCACAGUACUUAGGGGAAUUUGAGUAGUAGAGGAGGAAGUUAGGCAGAGUCGAAUUUCUCAUUAUCCUUACUUAAACAGCUAAACCACGACACAAGCCUCGGCAUUUUCUGAAAUCCCUAAAAAAAGCUCCCUUUUCCCCCUUUUCUCGAAUGGCGUCAUCACGGCCUCCUCCGUCGAAAUCGGCUGACCUGGACCUCACAAUCGUCUCAGCUAAGCACCUCAAAAACGUGAACUGGAAGAACGGCGUUCUCAAACCCUACGUCGUGUUCUGGGUCGACCCUGAUCGCCGAUUGGCCACUAAAUCCGACGAUUCCGGCUCCACAAAACCCAUCUGGAACGAGCGCUUCACCCUCCCGCUUCCGCCCUCCUACCCACCCCUCCACGACACUUUCCUCACCCUCGAAGUCUUCCAUUCUCGCCCUUCUGAUACCCCUAACCCCCUCGUAGGUUCCCUCAAAAUCCCCCUCAAAGACAUUGACGAAACCUCCGACCCCACCCGCAUCCGCAAAUUCACCCUCUCAAGACCCUCCGGCCGCCCCCACGGCAAGAUCCACCUCAAAUUGGGACUCCUCGGCCGAACUCCUCUACCGCCGCCGCCGCCAUCGCAGACAAUUCCUGACUACCCAAACCCUACCCCUAACCCUAAUAACAGCAAUUCUCCGAUGUUCUGUUACGUACCUAACCCCGCUGCGCGUGACUACAGAGGAUUCUCGCCUUCGCCUUCUCCUUCUUCUCCUCCUUUCACUGCGUACGGUUCUGCCUCUUACGGUGGUUCGUACAGUGAUUUGUACUCUGGGUACUACCCGGGUUACUCAGGUGCGGUUCCGCCGUAUCCUUCCAGGCCGUUUAUUGAUCGGCCCGUGGGCUAUGCUGGGCCUAGUGGGCCUUCUGCCCCGCUUGAUUACUCUUCCUCUUAUGAGCAUAAGCCCAAGGGGGGUGGUGGUGGUGUUGGGAAGAUGGGCCUUGGUGCUGGGGUUGCGGUGGGUGCUGUUGCUGGAGCGUUGGGUGGGCUUGCUUUGGAAGAAGGUAUGAAGUAUGAGGAGGACAAGAUUACUGAGAGGGUUGAGAAUUCAAGCAUGGCUACAAGGGAUGAUUAUGAUUACCGAGGAGAUUAUUGAUGUUUCAGGUGCUCAAGAAAAACAAAAAAAAGGUUUCAAAUUUGAUGGAUAAUUAACUUUAUUAUCCCAGAUUUUCAGCAUAUUUAUGUGUAUCUGUAUAUAUAUGUGUGAUCUCGGAGUUGGAAUUUGAAAUGCACCUAUGGUUUAUUGUGAUACUUUUCUAAUGUUUUAUGUGGUGCUUCGUUAUCGUUACUAUAUUAUGAUGAUGAUGAUGAUGAUGAUGAUGAUGAUGAUAAUAAUAAUACUAAUAUAUGAUAUAUAUUU